UGGUACUUCAAGCUGGCACGCCGCCCGGACGACUUCAUCGGCGCCAAGAAGAGCGCGUACGGCAGCGCGGCAGGGAUGUACAGGACGCAUCUGUUCGGCUCCCCCAGCAUCAUCGCCUGCUCGCCGGCCGCGAACAAGUUCGUGCUGCAGUCACCCGAAAGCUUCGGCAUCAGGUGGCCGGUGCCGGAGCUCGUCGGCAUCACGUCGGUGGUGAACGUGGAGGGCAGCAGCCACGCCAGACUCCGUGGGUUCAUCCUCGCCGCCAUCAACCGGCCCAGCUCGCUCCAGACCAUCGCCACCGUUGUGCAACCGCGCGUCGUAGCGGCGCUGCGAACGUGGGCGGAUAAGGGUACCAUCGUCGCCGCCACAGAGAUUAAAAAGGUAAUUUCUAGACAAAAUUAA